AUGACCUUCACUAUUCUAACCGACACAACAAUUCGCACCCUCCUCCACUCCCUCACUCCCACCACCGCCUAUACCCUCGCCUUAACCCUCUCCCACGCCCUAUCUCAAUACACCCUAUCCGAAGAAGCCGCCUACCAACCCCACCGCACCAGCAUCGUGCGUCCAGACGGGCAAGUCAGCCUUUUCAUGCCCGCCACAACGCCCACAUCAAUCGGUGUUAAAAUAGUUGGCGUCGCUCCCUCCACGCCAGCUCCAGCCCCGGCAGCAGCAGGAGAAGAGGAAGAGACUCCGCAGCCCGGUCUACGAAGCGUACUUACCAUCUGUGACGAGCGUGGCCAAGCUGUAGGUGUGCUCAAUGCAGCGGAGUUGACAGCGUUUCGAACGGCGUUGGGGAGUAUGCUACUCCUCCUACACAGGAAACAAGUGGCCGAUGUUAUUGUUUUCGGGGCGGGGAAACAGGCGGAGUGGCAUGUUAGACUUGCUAUCUUAUUGCAGCCAGAUAAGGUUAAAAAAAUUACUUUUAUCAAUCGAUCCAGCGCGAGGGCGAGGGAGUUGGUGGCGAGACUGAAAGCUGAGAGCGUGGGUGGAGGAGAUGUUGAAAUGAGUGUUUUUGAGGGAGCGGAGGACGGGCUGAAGGGACUGGUGCAGGGGGCUGAUGUGGUAUUUUGCACGACACCUAGUACGAAACCGCUUUUUUCAGGGGAGUGGGUAAUGGGAGAGGGCAGAGGCAAGGGGAGGUAUGUGGCGGCUAUUGGAUCGUAUCGGUUAGAUAUGCAGGAGAUUGACCCGAGGAUUUUGGAGAAGAUUGUUGAUCCUUCUGGACCGUUUUCUGGAGAAUUUCACAGAGAGUGGGUUGUUGUUGAUAGUAUCAAGGGGUGUAUGGAUGAAGCUGGGGAGUUGGUGGCUGCAGGGUUGAAGCCGGAGCAGAUGGUUGAAGUGGGCAGGAUGGGUGAGUUGAGGGAAGAGAAGGGUGUGCAGGAGUGGCUUGGAGAGGGGUUUGUGGUGUAUAAGAGCGUUGGGGUGGGGAUUAUGGAUAUUGCGAUUGGGAGGGCGUUGAUGGAGUUGGCGAGGGAGAAGGGGGUUGGGAUGCAUUUGGAGGAUUUUUGA